AUGGACACCCCAACGAUGUCAUCACUUCGCACCAUGAUCUACUCAGCGAUGUUCUUGGAAGCAAGGAAGAUUCUUUGGCUUCCAUGGUUUACAACUACGAGCAUGGCUUCUCAGGCUUCGCAGCGAUGCUCACGGAAGACCAUGCUCAUCAGCUUGCAGAACAGUUUCAUACUGGCCGAUGAUGACGGGGUUGCGCAUGGCGUCCAUGUGCAUGUUCUCGAAGGAGAAGGGGACGGAGCCGGAACCGGAGCUGCCCUUCCACGUCUUGAUCCGGACGGCGUUGUCCGAGUGCCGGAUCACCGCGCAGUUCACCGUUGGCCACGCACGCCCGCGUGCCCAGGCUCCCGAUGCUCAUGCCGUGGCCGACCACCGGGGCCGCAGGGAGGUGACGUUCUCAGUGUGCAUGUUGAGGGUGCCGGCGCCGAUGGUGACACACAGUCGUCGGAGUUGGAGACGGCGGUGUUGCUGAUGAGGACGUCCUGGGCGUUCUCGACGUGGAUGCCGUCGGUGUGGGGGCACAGCGUCGGGGAGCUAAUGGACAGGCCGCUGACGAGCACGCCGCGGCAGUGCAAGUCCAAGGUCCACCAACACACCCCGCUGUCCCCUCAGGUAUCUGGCAAGAGUCGAAAAGCUUCAGCGACCAAGGCUACGGGCCCGUGCCUUCGCGAUGGAAAGGCGUGUGCCAAGUCGGGGAGGCCUGGGACCGCAGCAACUGCAGCCGCAAGAUCAUCGGCGCGCGGUUCUACAGCGCCGGCGUGCCCGAAGAGAUACCGAAGACCGACUACCUGUCGCCCGGGGGCAUCGACACCCACGGCACGCACACGGCCUCCACCACGGCAGGCUCGGUCGUUGAGGCGGCCAGCUUCCACGGGUCGCCGCGGGCGCUGCGCGUGGCGGCGCGCCCGCGCCCGCAUUGCCAUGUACAAGUCCCUGUGGGGAGAAGGCGGGUCUGCCAUCAGUGCAGGCGUGCUCGCGGCCAUCGACGACGCCAUCCUUGACGGGGUGGACGUGCUCUCGCUGUCGCUCGCUCAUCCCGAGGAGAAUUCGUUCGGCGCCCUGCAUGCCGUCCAAAAGGGGAUCACCGUCGUGUACGCGGCCGGGAACGACGGGCCUAGUCCGCAGACGCUUGAGAACACGGCUCCGUGGGUCAUCACAGUUGCCGCGAGCAAGACUGAUCGCUCGUUCCCGACGGUUAUCACGCUGGGAAACAAGCAACAGAUAACGGUAUGA